AACAAAUACCAAUAAAUAAUAUACAUGUUAAAUACCUGCUCUUAUUCACAAAAAUUAUACUAUUUCCAGAACAAAAGUUGUUAUUAACGAAGGUCAUAAAAUAAGUAUAUAUGAGCUAGGGUGAGGGUUUCUAGCUGUAUUACAGUUCUCAAGCAUCUGUAAGCAACAUGAAAGCCGUGAUCGUCUCUCUGUUCGCUCUCGUGGCCGUAGCUGCUGCAGCUCCCUCCUGGGGACAUCACGGAGUAGUAGUUGCUGCCCCAGCUCACCAUGGAGCUGUCAUUGCCGGACCCGCCCAUCAUGGAGCUGUCAUUGCCGGACCAGCUCAUCAUGGAGUUGUUCUCGCUGCUCCAGUUCACCAUGGAGCUGUACUACACGGCGGAUGGGGACAUGACGGCGCAUUGGGUGAUGGUGCCUGGGGCCAUGGUGGAUGGGGACAUGGAUGGGGACAUCAUGGAUGGUAAACUCACAAGACCCACCUGAUACACCACACAGAAAUCGUAAACGUUCUUGUAAUCCGAAGGAAAUUAUAAGGCAGCAGUGCCUUUAGUUCCCGCGUAUCACUGGAAAUUUUUACGUGCAUUGGACCUUUUACGACGAAUUCUGAUUUGCCAUGGUUUAGAACCCAAAACUACCUUACUUCCAUACUUCCAGCACCGCUGCUCCUAGCGUAUUUAUUUUUGUACAUACAGCCAAGUUCAAUAAAAUACUUCAUUCGUCUUUAUUGAGUGCUCUUUAUUCCUAAACUCCAAGCUACUAGACUGUC